AUGGGCCCAUCACGUGAUCCGAGAGAGAGAGAGAGAGAACUAGACAGAAAGAAAGAGCAAGAGGGAGAGAAAGAAAAAGAGAAUAGAGAAAAAGAAAAAAAGAAAAAGGAAGAGGGACGAAGGAAGGAAAGA